AUGUAUGCAACACGUGAUCGCAGCACCUUCAUUGCUGCAGUGUCUUUGGACCCCGACGCGUUCGACGAACUGCUUGUGGCGUUCUUUAUGCAUUAUGAGUUUGGCCAUGCCAAUGGACGAGGCGGACGACCGCCCAAGUGCAUCCAAAAGCACGAGGCACCUUCCUUGCUGCUGCACUUCUAUUGCGCACCGUGCGAGGGCAAGACCUUGUGCGAGUUGUUUCGCAUGGCCCCAGCGACCCUAGCAAGAACCUUGACCAAAGCCGAGCGCGCGCUUGCAGUUGCGUUGAAGUCCGUUCCCGACUCCUUCAUCUGGUAUCCUUCCAAACAACAACAGCGCCGAUGGGCAGUCAUGGUGAACCGUGUUGAGCCGUUGGUACGCGGGGUGUGGAGUUUUUUAGACGGCAAGAACUACCACGUCAAGGCACCGACAGCCCCCGAUUUGCAAAACGCGUACUACAAUGGGUGGCUACAUUGUACAUUUGUGACGGGGACGUCACUCUUCGGUGUAGAUGGCACCAUUGUGUGGGGCAGACACAGCUUUGUUGGGAGUUGGAACGAUGCGGACACGAGCUCACCGUUGCGGGCGAAACUAUUGGACGAAAAGUUUACGUUGCGCGGUCAUGGAGUCGUGUCGGACUCGGCGUUUCCUGUGUCUGGGUCAAUGCUCGGGAAGAUCCGAACCCCCCUCAAGGACGGUGACCUGGACCGUGCGUCGCCAGAGUGCCGUGCUGGAUUAUCUCGUAUGAGCGCCGCCCUUACAUAA